AUGAAAAAUGUAAAAAAUACAUUAUUCAUUUUUGGAUCGGGAGAAUGUGGACAACUACCUCCCGAAUACUGUGAUGAGUAUAUACAAACAAAUCCAACAGCUGUUCAUAAUUUACCAGAUAAUAUAGAUGAAGUAGUUUGUGGAUCUAUGCAUACAAUUAUAAAAACAAAGGACGAUAAAAUUUAUUCUUUUGGAUGUAAUGAUAUGGGUGUAUUAGGAAGGAAAACUUUUAGUAAUAGUACAAAAGAUCCUGAACAUUCACCUACAUUAAUAAAUUUUUCUUUUCCUUCUAAAAUAAAAAAAAUAACUUGUGGUGAUAAUCAUACAGCUGUUUUAUUAUAUAAUGGUAAAGUAUAUAUUGCUGGUGGAUUUAGGGAUUCAUCUGGGAUGUUAGGAGUUCCUUCAUUUUUAAAUGAAGAUGAGGUUUUACCAAAAACAGAUGAAUUUAUUGAAAUCAAAUUUAAGCUACCUGAAAAUGGAAAAGAGAGUGACGAAGAAAAUGAUACUAGUGAUGAUGAGGAUAUGGCUACCAUAUUAGAUGAAGAAACAAAUGAAAAUGAUUGUAAAAUAAUAAAUAUAGUUUCAGGAGAAGAUCAUUUAAUUUGUUUAGAAAAAUCUCGAAAUUUUAUUUUUACAAUGGGAAAUAGUGAUUCUUGUCAAGUUUGUAAUCCAUAUUAUUCACAAGAAGAUUCAGAACAAAAUCGGAUUCGAUAUUUAUUUCCUAAUAGUUAUCAUUAUAAAGAUUUUGGAUUUUCAAAUAAAUUUAAAAAUAUAUAUUGUGGUGGUAAUAAUACAUUUAUUCAACUAUCUAAAUCAUUAGAUGUUUAUGGUAUUGGUAGAAAUGCUUAUGGAUCUUGUGGUGUUAAUUUAAAAGAUAAUAUAAUUAAACAAUUUGAAAAAAUAAAUGAACUAUCUAAUAAAAAAAUAAAACAAUUAUGUGGAGGACAAAGUUUUACAAUAUGUUUAUUACAAAAUAAUGAUUUAUAUAUAUGGGGAAAUAGAGAAAUCUUAGGAAUGGAAUAUGAUGAUGACUCAUAUAAUCCAAUUGAAUUACCAUUUUUUAAAAAUAAUAAUUAUACAGUUAAAAAUUUAUUUUGUGGUACAGACCAUUGUUUAGUUUUAACGGAUAAUGAUAAAUUAUUUGGUUGGGGAACUGGUGGAAAUGAUUUUGAUGAAGAUACAUCUAUUGCUGUUAUAGAACAAAAUAAUCCUUCUGAAAUUAAUUUUGUUAAAUAUUUUAAUAAAGAAAUUUUAAAAAAUAAUAUGAACAGUUCAGAUAUAUUAAUAAAUCAAAUAAAAAUUGCAUCUUUUUCUGGUGGUUCAUCACAUUGUGCUUUAAUAUCUUCUCACACAUUUUCUGAAAAAGUUUCAUUGAAAAGAGGUCAUGAUGAAUCUUAUAAUGAAGAUGUUUAUAUGAAAAAACAAAAAGUAGAAGAAAUUACAAACGGUGAUGAUAAUAAAAUAAAUAUUGAUAACACCGAGCCUGUUAAAAAAAAAGGUUUUUUCUCAUCAUUUUAUUUUAGUCCAACAAAAUCAAAUAAUAAAGAUUCUAAAUUAUCUAAGGAUGAAUUAGAGAUUAAUAAAAAUGUUAAUACACCAGAUGACGAUGCAAUAAAAAAAAGAAGGAGCACAAAAAAUAAAUCUUAUCUAAAUAUAGAAAAUCCAACAAGAAGGCAACCAAGACGAUCUUGUAAAGAAAAUUUAUCUUUAAAUGAAAAUGCAUAUAGACAAUUUUAUCAAAUUGUUGAUGAAUCUAUUUCGAAAAAAAAAAGAAAAACAGAUUGUGAUAUAAAAAAUAAUCAAAGUACACAAAACCAACCAUUUGAUGAAAAAAAAGAAUCUAAAUCAUUUGCUACAAAAAGUAAUAAGCGGAAAUCAAUGUCACAUCCUUCUAGCAAGUAA